CUGAUUCACUCCUUAAGAUCAUACAUAUAUAAAGCCUUAAGAAGUUAUACAUAGCAUCAGUAAAAUCCUAACCAUGCUGCGACGAGCUUACUCCCGCUUCAUCUUCGAGACAAUUGGCGAUUCACGCGUCUUCCACCAUCAACGAUUUAUCAACGAUUUACAAACGGAUUGUCCCACCUGUAAGAGUUGUGUGGAGACCAGAGAGCCCUACAGCCAGCACUGGAAUAAUGACUAUGGUGCCGGAACGAGCCACCAAAUCAAAAUGAGUCCCGUCGAGAGACUGCUUUUGAAGCGAAUCGAGACGGAGCGAAUAGAAGCGUUUAUGCUAUGCAAUGGGAGCGUCUCUGGCAGAACAAAUGACUUCCUAUUAGAGGCUGGAAUGGAGGCAGUGCCCCAACUGCUGCGAUUUCUUAGCUUUGGGGCCGCCAAGUUGGAGGUGACCAUUGGAUUUUAUGUGAACGUGAAAAAGGAGAGAAUGUAUUACGAGAGUACUGCGAUGAGCGUCGAACACCACCUAGACAUCGUGGAAUCUGUUGAUAUGCUCUUUUCCAUGUUGCUGGAGAAGAUAAGCAAUUAUGUAUUGCUGCAGCAGCGCGUUCCCCUGGAGGCUUGCGUCAUUAAACGAAUGAAAGUCACGGUGAAACGUCAUGUUAGUCCUAUAUCGGUCCAGUGGCGAUCCACCGCUAGGCUGCCUCUCCAGUAUCGUGUAAAGAACUCUGAUAUUGGAACCGAUAAUCGGGCACACAUAGAUACAGCCCUAGCCCAGAUCUGUCAGAGUCCCAGUCAUAAAUUCAAUGUUGGGCUCUUGCCGGAUGCUUUGCAAGCGAAUUUUUAUUGCUUCCGCGUCUGUACCAGCACCAAAGAACUCUACGCAGUUCCUUAUAUACUCCGCAAUGAUGAUGUCGACAACACACCUACAUUCCUCAUACACUCCGAUAUAGCGGGUAAUUUCCAGGGCCUACAGGCAAUCAGGAAUGUACGCAAGUUCCUUCGUGCUGAUGGACAGGAUCGAGUGUUCGAAUGCCGAAAAUGCAAGUCGCGUUUCGGCGAUCGCGUUCAGUUCGCAUUGCAUAAACGAAUCGAUUGUGGACGUGGCUUCAUGGUGUGGCACAUUGAAGAAGACGCCAUAGAACUGCACCACAAUUGCUUGCCGCUACCGAAAGCCUACUUCAAGCACGACUGGUUUGGUUUGGGCACCAAGAAAACUGAAAAAUCACAUUGACAACAUGGACUACGACAAAGUUGGAAUAUACAAUUGAGCAACCAGCAGUAGCACGUGCAUGUCCUUAAAGAGGAUUUACAGCCAUUGAAUUAUCGCUUUU